AUGGCUUCCAGCGCCGACGGCCUCAACGUUGUGGAUGUGGCCAUACACGUAAACACCGCGGGCAGCGAUGGCAAUCAUGGCGGAUUCGCCUCGGGGGACGAGAUAACCGGCGAGGUGGUGGUGACCACGCCCGAGGACGUCCACGUGCGGAAGGUGGAUGUAUUCUUCACCGGCCGCUCGCAGACCUGCAUCGACAGCAUCAUUGCGCCGGGGCCAGUUUCCACCAAGAAACGCUUUCUUAAGCUGAGACGCCGAGUCAGGACAUUCACGAGCAAUCCCGACGGCAGCUGGCCCAUUCCCUUCAGCUUCCUCGUGCCCCACGCGCUCGAUCCAGCCGCGUGCUCAUGCGUCUCCUUGCCCGACGACCAUCUGCAACUGCCACCCACCAUGGGUGGAAACCACAGCUGGGAACACGCCGGCCAGCUCCUCGACGACCCCACCCCCGACAUGGUCGACAUCUGCUACAAGAUCGUCGCAAGGGUCGAGGUCAGCGACAGCCAGGGCCGAUGCGCGUGCACAGAAACGCACACCAAGCUCUGCGUCGUGCCGAGCUUCCCCGAGCCGCCACCCUCCUUCUCGAGCGAGUACCGCAUCCGCGAGGAGAAGGGCGUCAGGCGAAGCAUCUUGACCGGACGCUUGGGCUGCUUGGUCAUGGAAGCCCAGACACCAAGCGCCCUCAAAGGCAUCAAGUCCGACGGCGCCACCCUCGUCUCGACAAAGGUGCUCGUCCGAUUCGACCCUGCGUCCCACGACUGCGCCCCGCCCGCUCCCGAAGACAUCAUGCGCAAGAUCCAGGCCACGUCGACGUGGAAGAUCGGGCCCAAGGGGACCUCCAGCAACGGACAGACCACCUACGCCAUGACCCGCGCCUACACCGAAGCCAUUUCGCUGCCGCCCUUCCACCUCGCCGGCGCAAAGUGGCUGAAGCGGUCUCCGGGCUGGGAGCACAUGCAGGUGUCCAACGGCCAUGCCGCACCCGCCGACUUGAUUGCGCCCUCGUCGGGCUAUAUCGGCGGCGUCUACUACCUGCUGAAGCUUGCCAUCCCCGUCGAGCUCCCGCCCGGCAAGGUGCUCGUACCCACCUUCCACUCUUGUCUGGUCUCACGCACCUACGAGCUCGAGGUUGCGCUCCUGCUCUCCUCCGCCGCCUCUAUAACUGUGCGGGUUCCUCUACAUAUUUGCACAUAA